UACAAAGAUUCUGGUCACCUGCCUGGAGCGGCGGCACCGCGAACCCCACGGGCUUCGCUGAGGCCCUGCUCUUAGGGUGUUUACGGCGCGCGGACGCCGGGCUCCAGCUCAAGGCUGCGCUUUCAGGUUCAGUUUCAGGGUCUCGCCGGCAGCCCUGGCAGGCGGGCGCGGAGAGGGCAGCGGGGCCCCGACGGCAGGGUCCUCUGGGGGCCCCGGAGUUGGGAGGAGAAGUCCGGGAGCCCCCGGAGGAGGAUGGGCUGCGGACACAGCACACUGAGCUGCUGCAAACCCCCCAAAAAGAGACGCCGAGAACCAGGUCAGCCACCCAGACCAGAGCCUCAGGAACUAGGUCCCCUCAAUGGGGACACAGCCACAACUGCCCAGCUCUGUGCAUCUGAGGAAGCUGAGCAGCAUCAGAAGGAUAUAACCAGAAUUUUCCAGCAGCACGAAGAGGACAAGAAGAAAUGGAUCCAACAAGUGGAGAAGGAGAGGGAGCUAGAGCUUCGAGAGAAGCUGGACGAGCAGCGAAGAGUCCUGGAGGGAGAGCAUGAGGCAGCCCUAAAAGACCUCCAGGCCUCGUACGAGCAGGAGAAAGAAGCCCUUACCCGUUCCUUCCAGGAGGCCAAGACAGCCCUGCAGGAGACUAUCGAUGGACUGACCUCACAGCUGGAGGUCUUCCAGGCCAAGAUGAAGAGAGUAGAGGAAUCCAUUCUGAGCCGAGACUAUAAGAAGCACAUCCAGGCAGGUGGCAGUACACCUGGAAUCUCCAGGGAGGAUUACGGGAGCCCCAGUCAGUUCUGGGAGCAGGAGCUGGAGAGCUUGCACUUUGUCAUUGAGAUGAAGAAUGAGCGUAUUCAUGAGCUAGACAAGCGGCUGAUCCUUAUGGAAACAGUGAAAGAAAAAAACCUGAUGCUGGAGGAGAAAAUCACCACCCUCCAACAGGAGAAUGAGGACCUCCAUGUCCGAGGCCGCAGCUCUCGGACGACCUGCUUCUUGCCCGCGAGGCCCUGGAGAAGGAGUCACAGUACAGGCGACAGCUGCAGCAGGAGAAGGAGGAGCUGCUGUACCGGGCGCUUGGGGCUGAUGCCGCCUCCGCCUUCCCCCUGGCCUCAGUCACCCCCACCGAGGUCUCCUUCUUGGCCACAUAGGCUCAGGGCCUGGGCAGCCAUGACAUCUGUGGUCACAGCUCCCUCUCCAGGACUUUCCAGAGAAGACAGCAAGAGCCUCUCGUUCUUCUCCCAGGAGGCCAUGAGGGCAGGAGUGAGAUGGGAGCCAGGGUGUGUGCCCCUGAGCCCUGGGGGCUUAGGCCACGUAGAAUCACCCAGGGGGCUUUGGAGGCCCCAAGGAGUGCUUUCCCUUGAGUUGGCCCAGGAAAUGCAGCAAGAGGAGUCCUUUCCUCCCUGCCCUUCUCUCUGUUCAAAUCAGGGAGUUCUGAGGCUUUUCCCAGGGGGAGCCUGUGCCGCUUCAGCCAUCUGAUAAAGAAGACCCACCCUCCUGGUCCUAAUUUGUCAGCUUGGCUGCCAGCUCAUCAACUUACUCCUACACAUCCCCACUUCUGCUUUGGCCUUCUCUCAGCCUCAGUUUACUGGUCCUCUUAAACAGUUGGGGGAACUGAACAAAUGACUCUUGAGUUACUAUAGUGUCCCAUUCUAGGACUGUCUGAAGGUCAGAUUCAGAGCUGGGGGACAGGGAAGGAAGUGGACCAAACCCUGUGAAUCAACUGGGAAAGGUGAGCGGCUGGGAGGGGGUCACUGGAGGCCAUUGGGACUGGCAGUGCCAGGGGCCAACCCAGCCAAGUCAGGGCGUCAGCAUGCCACUGCCCCCUGGCCCAGAGUCUGCUCAGCCCAGGGGUAAUGGCCAGAGCUCCUCCUCCUUGGCCAGGCAAAGCUCCCUCCUCCCACCUCCUGGUCCCUCAGUCUCAGUGCCACGGGGGCCACCUAGUGAGUCUGAAUGCACUGCACAGCCAGAGCUAGAACCUCAUCCCUGAACAGAUGAGAAAACCGAGGUGGGGAGCAGGACUCCCAAAGCCAGGACUGGGACCUCAUCUGUCAUCUGGGUCUUGUGCUUUUUCUUUCUCCCCGGGCUCUGGGAAGAUCACAUUUGUGACAGUCUUUCUCCUCCUUCCUCUCUCUGGUCCCCAACCCACUUCCUGCUCUCUACCUUCACUCCUACCAUCCCUGAUCCCGGGCCCCUAGAACCUGACCCUGCAUUUCCCCAGCAGAGUCGAGGGGGAGCUGGAGAAACUCAUCUCAGCAGGUCUGUCCAGCCCUGACAUCUGUGAAUUGAAGAUUCUUUGCAAGAAGCUUCAGGUCGGCCGGAGGCUAUGCUGAUAACUUUCCCUUGCAUAGAGCAUUUUACUUAAAUGCUUUCACAGACACCUCCCUCCUCUGAUCUGCAUCAGAUCCUUGAAGCAGGUUCUUACCCUGUAUCAGUGGCAGAACAGACUGAGAUCAAUGUUGCUGAAAGGCCUUGCCUCUGGCGCCCCCAGCGCCAGCCCCCAGCCCUGGGCCAGCAUACAGGACAAGUCAGUCUCUUCCAUCGGCCCAGACUGCCUUCUUCAUCCAGGUCUUGUUCUGAGAGUUCAGCAGGGCUAGGGGACUGCAGAGCUGCUUCUCUGGCCGUGGGCAAACAGGUCAUCCGGGAGACUGAGGGCAGUGCAAGAGUGAAUGACACACAUCCUUCUUCACACAUCUUUCCCCAAAGCCUCUCUGGGAUACACUAGAUCAUUGGACAUUAAUAGGCACAAUCAAGAAAAGAAUCGGUGGCCAACUAAUUUGAGAAACUCUAAGUUCAAUCAAAUUAAAUGAUCUGCAAACUGUAGGACUUCUCGGAACCUUUAAUAUGCUGACAUACGUUGCAAAUUCCCUAGAAGGAAGCAAAGCAUUCAUCAUUUCCUAAACUUCUUUGACCUAGUUUCUACCACAAACCCAGCACUGCAGGCUGCAGAACGCCCUUUAGGAAGCAUUGUUUUCAUGGGAGGGGCUGGGCGGGAGAAGGGGCAAGUUGUGGGGAGCAGGGUUGCCCUCGUGUAGCCUGUGAUGGAUGAAAGGAGAUCCACUGUGGUCAUAGUCUCAUCCUGGGGCAGACAAGCUAUGGAAACCAAAUAGAAUGCACGGUAUCGUUUUUA